GCCGAUUGUAAAUGACAGCAAAAUGACAGCGUGAUUUAUUUUGAUGGUUGAAAAAAUUUUCAAUAACAAUAAUAUUGAAGAAACAUUAAUUAUACCCCAAAAUAAAUGACGUAGGCAUUAAGGAUAAUCAGUGAUUUACACAUCAGCAGCUAUGGCUUACUGUAGUAAAGGCAGAGUAUGUAUCACUCUGAAGAAGACAAGCCAGCUUAAAACCGACGUGGAUGUAACAAUUAAGGAAGAUUUUGACUUUGCCGAAGCCCUAGAAUCAGUCUACCCCUUACUCGAAAUUGUGUUCAGUUAUUUAGACUACAGUGACUUACAAAAAGCCUCCAUGGUGAAAAAAUCGUGGCAGGUAACUGCUGGUCGGAUUCUAGAAAAGCGCAAUAAAAUCAGCUGGAUAACUGUCUUUCGAAAAAAGCGGCAAAGUUAUGUCCAUUACAGCAACAAUUACUUGUACAACAAUGUCAAUUUGGGGAUUAUCUUAUUCAAUUAUCGCGCAGUUUCUCUGAACGACUUUUUCUGCUGCCACGAAAACUUGUCUUCACGGAAAAUCAGAUUUUCAGAUUUUUUAUCUGAUCAGGUGGUCCCCAGUGGGACAGAAUAUUGUGCAAUAGGAUGCCCUGGAGUGGCAUCGAUGUUUUCAAAACAAGUUGUAAAUAAAUCCAGCGUACCUCUCUUUGAUGGCUGUUUUAUACCGCCCAUACCAAAUGUCAGGGUUUCAAUGUUUUACUGUAAUCCUGUUUGUCGAAACGAUGAUCAUUUUCUCGCAGAUGAGAAGGUCAAAUGCAUACUGUUUUUUUCUCAAGUCGACUUUGCUCAGGAAUUUUACGAUAUGUUAGAUCACCUAAUUUCAGAAGAGGAAUGCGACAAGGUUGCUAUAGCUGGGGGCAUAGUCCGCAGGACAACGGUGUUCCCACAACUGCCAGAAUAUCACACCCUUCGCAGACUAAACAGCCUCUGCAUAGCUUUCGCAGAGGAGGGUUUUUGUGAUAAUAGUGUGUUUGACGCGUCUUCCGUCGUAAUAAACGGAAACAACUUAACUUCAGAGGACUUUGAAGACCAUCUUCUCAAGUUCAAACGCAGAAUAGUCUUAAGGAGUAACAGUCUGGCGUUUAGAAUAUGUUGCUCGGCCAAAAUGCGGAAAAACCACGAGUCCCGAAUUUUCAAUAAAGUUUUCCCCGACACUCCUCUAAUCGGUCUAGAAGCUGAGGGGGAAAUUGGGUGGAAUUGCUUCAAUCACAGCGACAAUAACGAGGAAGUUGAAAAUAAAGCGAAAAAGUGCAAGGAAGGAUACCCCAUAGUGCAACACCAGUGGUCAACUGUGAUAGCACUUGUUACCUGGGGACACUUGAUACACAACACGAGUAGAGAUUUAUAAGUGACUAACAAACCUCGAACAAAUUAAAAUUUGAAAUUUAAUCAUAAGGUAUUAACUACGAUUUUCAUAAACGGGACAUGUUAUUAAGCUAGCGACUAUUUUACUUCCACAAAAGUGUUUUAAACGUUAUUUUACAUCGUGUGAUAAUCUGUAAUUUUUAUUUCAGGUGCGAAAAUAAAGUUUGGGAAAAAAGAAA